CCUUUUGUGUGCUGCUUUUUGGGUUCCCCCCAAAUGAGUGAGGAACCGUCUACGCGAGGAACGAACCAAGGCAAGGUCUCAUCUCUCGCGAGGAACGACGCCGUUAUCGGAAUCUCUACAAACAACACGAGAAUUCCACACUCACACGUUGUGAACAAUGUCUGAACAAGAGCUGGAUGAUAUUGUGCAAAUAACAGUGGAGGACUUUAACCCGGAUGACCCGACAGACAUGUUGGACAACCAUGAAAACGAUGAUGAAAGGCUUCAGAAGAAAAAAAGGAAAUUAAGCACCAGCCAAGAGAAUAACAACAACAACCAAGACAUAUCUUUUAUUAAGAAUAUGUUGGUCUCAUUUGCCGCAUCAAUCAGCCAGCGACUGGAAGGAAUUGAAUCAAAGUUAUAUUCUCUCGAUGCUACAUGCAAAGCCCUUGGACGCAAACUAGACAGCAUGGUGCCAUGUGCAAAGAGUCCCAUCCAGGUUCCCAUGGUUGCAGGGUCUCCUCAGGGGGCCACUCAAACUUGGAACAAAGUGCGAUGUGUGGUUCCACAAACAAAUGUGAUCGUGAGCAGUGAACACCAGAAGGGCACUAACCAUGAAGACAACCCUCUGGAAAAUCUGCUUAGCAAUACGGUGACAAGGAAGCGGCAAAACACAAUCAUGGUGAAGGUGCCGGGCCCUGAUGAGAGUCAGGAGGAACAGGACAGCGGCUCAGAGGCCAGUGAUACUGUUUCUAAUGGGGGCCAGUCCAGCAACGCACAAAAUGGUCAAAACGUUACACUCAUCACACUCAAUUCAGAAGACGAUUACCCCGUGGGAACCUGGUUGGGAGACGAGAACAACCCAGAGAUGCGAGUUCGUUCCCCAGUCUCUCCAGCGGACAUGCUCCAUAUCACCACAAACUGCCGCACGGCGGAGAAGAUGGCGCUGACUCUGUUGGACUACCUGUUCCAUCGAGAGGUCCAGGCCUUGUCCAACCUCUCUGGUCAGGGCAAACACGGCAAGAAGCAGCUGGACCCGCUCAUGAUUUAUGGCAUUCGCUGCCACUUGUUCCACAAAUUUGGCAUCACUGAGUCCGACUGGUACCGCAUCAAGCAAAGCAUUGACUCAAAGUGUCGCACAGCCUGGAGACGCAAGCAGCGCGGCCAAAGUCUGGCUGUCAAGAGCUUCUCCAAACGGACACCUCGGGGGACAUCUGCAGAGGGCGGCACGGCAGAAGAAACGGGCCACAUCGAGGCCGCCACCCAGCAGACGUUGCACUACACGCUGGCCAAUCAACAGGUUCAGUUCCACCGCAUCGGGGAAGAUGGACAAGUUCAGGUGAUUCCUCAGGGUCAGCUGCACAUUGCCCAGGUGCCACAAGGAGAGGAGGUGCAGAUCACACAGGACAGCGAGGGAAAUCUCCAGAUCCACCAGGUACACGUUGGUCAGGAUGGACAGGUGCUGCGUGGCGCUCAGCUCAUAGCGGUGGCGUCCGCCGAUGGAGGGGCCACCGCCGUAGAGGGCUCCCCCCUCCCUCCUGACAUCCAAGUGCAGUACGUCCAACUAGCCCCCGUCGCAGAUCACACCGCCGCUGUACAGGCUGCGGAGCUGGCCCCCGGCCUGCAGGCGGACAUGGAGGUGAAAGAGGCCAUCCAAGGGGCCAUCCAGGGAGAGAACGGCGAGGUGCUCCAGAUUGUCACCUCUGUGGCCACCUGAGAUACGGGAGAGCCCCUUCUGGUCCAACACGGGCCAGAAUUCUGCUCCACAGCGGCGCCCCGGCGCGUCUCCGAGGUCGGCAAAUGCACAGUCUGACGAUAGCAAUAGAGUCGGGAAGCAUUUUUUUGAUAAAUACGGAAGGUUACUGACAAAACGCAGGGAAAAAGGAUUUUUUUUUCUUCCCUCCUCCGUUCAUUGCCAACCAGAUGUCUCGAUGUGGAAAUGUCCGCGGGAACUUGAAAAGAGCCAUCUCUCUGGUGUUUUCAUCACCAGAAGGUCCCGGCCCACUGCAGGAUACAGAGCGGGAUUCUAGUCUUUCCACAGAGGACACCACUUAUGUCGGCCGUCACCCUGACACUUCAUCAGCACACAUGCUUUUUUACAUCCGCUUGGAAGGCAGCAGAGUUAUUUAUGAGGGUUUCCACCCAGCGCUGUGCUCCCUCUCCUCGUCGCAGUGGACAGUAGAUGUAGCUUGGUCCUGAUUUGAUUUAGUUUCCUGUACCACUCCUUGAUUCAGUCCGUACCACAUCGGCCUGCCUUCACUCUGCUCUUCUUGUUUUCACAUUACUUCAGCCACACAGCUUUGUUUGUUUGUUUUGAUUUAUAUAAUUGCAAAGUUUUCGGAGAGCUUUAAUUUUGGAGGUAGAAGACCAUGUAAUAGACGAGCCGGUGCCAGUGGUAGACAGGGCAACGUUGCCUGUAGAAAACCAAGGAGACAUUGAAGUUGUUUACUCUUAAUUGUGUCUCUCUGAAAGAUUUGGUUCGUGUGAAUAAAAAAUGUUGUGGUUGCCGUAAAAAAGUGUUUUUGUUUUUAGUUUCUCCGCAUUUCAAAUCCUCGGCCGUCAAAGUGGACUCAAAGAUGCCCAAUACAAAUAGACGAUUGAUGAGAAGAUGAAUAAUAAUAGUUUGGCUUUGAUUGACUGUGUUUACCACCUGUGAACAGGGCGGCACGGUGUCGCGAGAAGACUCCGCUCCGGCCCACGACGUGAUUUGAUGCUCCGCUAACGGUGAAUAUCUGCAGCCAACAAUAAA